GGGUGUAACCAAAAAAAAAAAACUAGUAACCGAAAGAGAAGCUCAAGUAUGUUUAUAUUAUUAUCAAAUACAUAUCAAAUAAGUUAUUUUAGAAAUAAUUCUUUUAUUUUUCUUUUUCCAGGAAAAUAUUUUUAUGCAAAGCAAAUUUGUCUUGGCAUGUUCACCCCCAAAAAAAAAGAAAAAAAUAUUCUUGGCAUGUUAGUUUGUUUUUCUGCCAAUUCUCGUAUUCUCUCUCUAACGAGAACUGCCUAUUUCGGUGGAUUAAAUUAAUGUGAACUGUAUUUAAGAAGAAAUAUGUUAACGUUGGACAAUUGGAGGAAGUAUUAGGACAUCAGGGGUAUAAACUAUAAACAGCAUCUCCGGUCCUCCCGACGUCGGCGCUCGGUUUCCUUCCGUGGCCUUGCUCGCCUCGCAUUCUUCAUUCUUCUUCUCCGUUGAUUGAACUCAUCAGCAAAGAAAGAUGAGAUACAUGAGGCCCUUCAGCCUCUACAGCGAUCUGCUGAAGACUCAUAAGAAGGGACGUGCGCGGUUGCUUGGAUUGGAUGUUGGUGAAAAGUAUGUGGGUCUAGCCGUAUCUGAUACAAGUAACAAAAUCGCGUCACCUUUAAGUGUUCUGUUAAGGAAGAAAACAAAUAUUGAUCUGAUGGCGUCUGAUUUCCAAAGUCUGAUCUCUGAACUCUCAAUUGCGGGAUUUGUUGUUGGCUGCCCUUUCGACAAGCUACGUUCUACCACCCCUGAUGGAUGGCAAGUGAAGCUUUUAAUAAAUGACCUUUCAAAAACGGGAAAACUUGAAGGUGUCUGCUAUACAUAUUGGAACGAGAGCUUCACAUCGAAGAAUGCAGAACUCCUGUUGAAACCUGCAAACUUGCAUCCGGUGCAAUCAAAGACAGUGAUUGAUAAAUUUGCCGCAGUUGGGAUCCUUCAGGGUUACCUGGAUUACGUGAACAAAAAACUGAAGUUGGAAGCUGCUCAAUAGUAGAUGGAUAAGCCUUCUUGGUGAUUCGUACACAUUGCUCUUAUCCUUUUCCUACCCUAAUAAUUGUUUCAAGAAUUUGUAUUCCAAUAAGCAGUGUACCAAGAUACAUAUUCAAUGCACCUGCUCUUGCAAUGCCACUUCAGUGGAUCUGUGGGGAAGCGAUUUUUCACCUGAAGUUGGGAAUGCUCGAUCAAAACCAUUUACGAUUGAGGAGGAUGAUUUUGGUGAAGGAUCCUUUCUUUUUGGUAUUCGAGUGCGUUGUGAUUCAUCGGAGUAGGUAAAAAAUUGAACUUUUCCCUCCCCACUCGAAAGUAGGAGACCACAGAAAUGGUGCUUAGUUGCAUGCUGUGCUACUAGCAGUAUAAAGAUUUUGUUCAAUUGAUUGUUGUUCAUCUUUCUUGUCUUGUCUUCGUGCCUUGAACUUUCAGCUAUGUAAAUGGUUAACUUCAUGACAGUCUUAGUGCUUUCAUUUCUUCAUGUAAGUGUUCAGUCCUAAUGGAAAGGCUUCCUUUUUUGGUA